GUGUUUCGGAUGGCCGAGCUUAGUGUAGAAUUGCAACUUGCUGACAAUCUCUCGCGCAAUUGCUCUUCUUGAUCUAUAUAACUUUUGAGUAUCUACAGGAUGGGGCUCCGAGACGAGCCAAAGAAUCAAAAUUGCAAUGAGUCUGUGGUGGAAAACGAUCAAACACCAUGUCACUGCUACCUCAAAGCGCCGGAUACGCGACCAUCUUGGUCGGCGGUGCGUUCUUCGCGGUACUCAUGAACGGUAUCACUUGGGUACAGAAACGAUACACCAGCUUUGACCCCCGGAAGGUGGAGGAGUUCUCCUCAGCUUCCAGGUCCGUCAAGACGGGAAUGAUGUCAGUGGGUAUCACGUCUGCUUGGGUGUGGGCAGCGGUCUUUCUACAAACGGGGACGCUCACCUACCUCUAUGGCAUCUCGGUGCCCUGGUGGUUUGGCAUGGGAGGCUUCGUCGAGAUCGCAGCUUUCGCAUUUAUCUCCUCAAAGAUCAAGGUAAACGCCAGCGGCGCCUCAACAUAUCUUCAAGUGGCGAAAGUCCGCUUCGGCACUCUUGGUCAUCUGGCGUAUAUGUUCGCCGCCCUCGUUGCCAACUUUGUGGUGGGCAGCGAGAUUCUCAUCGGCGGGUCUGGAGUCAUCGCUGGUCUGACGGGUAUCAGCGAAUACGCUGCCAUCUGGCUGCUUCCGCUGGUAGUCGUUGUCUACGUCCUGACUGGUGGUCUUCGAGCCACCUUCGUAGCGGACUAUCUCCACUGCUGCAUACUCUUUUCGUGCCUCCUCGUUCUCGUUUUGGCAACCUACACACGAGGCGACGUCAUUGGGUCACCUGGCAAGCUGUACGACCUUCUCCUCCAAGCUUCCAAGGAAGCCCCAGCACUAGGUAACGGGCAUGAGUCCUAUCUCUCCUUCCGGAGUGAAGGCGGCAUGUAUUACGCUGUCACGGCGGCCACGUCUUUUUUCGGAUUGUCCUUUUGUGACCAGUCAUAUUGGCAGCGAAGCAUCGCGGCUCGACCGGCCGGGACCAGCAAGGCCUUCAUCUUCGCAGGCUGUUUCUUCUUCUCAGUCGCCUUUGGUAUCGGAUCAUCGAUGGGUUUGGCCGCAAGGGCGCUGGUAACGAAUCCCGCCUUCCCGACCUACCCCAAUGGACUUUCUCUCGCACAGAUUGGCGCAGGACUCGCUGGGCCGUUUGCAAGCGUGACAAUACUCGGCAAAGCAGGGCCAGUCAUGUAUACCAUAAUUGCGUUCAUGGCAACGACUUCCGCGCUGUCCGCUCAACUGGUUGCGGUGUCGACCAUUUUCUCUUACGACAUCUAUCGUGAGUAUGUGAACAAGUCCGCAACAAAUGUCCAGAUGAUGAGAAUCAACCAUGCCGUGGUUAUCUGCUGGGCCAUCUUCCUCGCUGGCAUCGACACUGCAUUUGCGUACAUCGGUCUCGACCUCAACUUCCUCUUCUACCUCAUGGCCGUCUGCACCUCCGGCGCCGUUUUCCCAAUCGGCUUGUUGAUGUGCUGGACCCGACUGAACAAGGCCGGCGCCGUCCUGGGGGUCCUUGGCGGUUUGGUCAUGGGCUUCGUGGCUUGGCUGGUCACCGCGGUUACCACCAAGGGGAUAGUAUCUAUCACGACCCUGACCGACAGCAAGGUCAUCCUCUCGGGUUCGCUGUCGGCCUUGGGGAGUGGCGCUAUCAUAUCUAUACUGCUGUCUCUCAUAAAACCCGCUUCUUUCGAUUUUGAGCUCACCCGAGCCAUCGGUCGUGGCGUGGCCGUUCCAGAAUCAGCGACCGUGUCGACCGAAUCGACCGGGUCAACCGAAAAGGUCCCUCAACAUAGCCAGAGUCACUUCGCUGGGUCAAAAGAUCUGACAUAUGAGCCUGCUCUUUACGCGGUGGAAGGUGGAGGCCGAACCACGGCGACCGAGGCGCAGUAUGCCAAAGAAGUGGCCAAGCUCGAGGCAUCGCAGACUCAUUUCCGCAUCAUCACCGGACUCUUUCUUCUCGUCAUCCUCGUCCUUAUUCCUGCCCCACUUGCUGGCACCGCCGUCGUCUACCCAAGAGGCCUCUUCGUGCUACAGUGUGUCGCAGCCGCAACAUUUGUGUUCAUUAGUUUGAUUCUCAUCCUUUUUUGGCCGCUAUUCGAGUCACGAAAGGAGCUUGCAGCCAUAUUUGGUCGGGUCACCCGCAACGAGCGACUGGACAUCAACAAUCUACAGCAUGGAGAGGGUGAAACGAGCCGGACUAUAUAGCUGUGAGAAAGAAGCGUCACCAUCUGUAACAACGAUCGACAAGGCUGACACGGUUUGGAUGCGCAAGGUCUACGAUUACCAAGUUCCAUUAAUCUAAACUGAAGAGAGAGAAGGAAGAAACCUCCCAACGCCUCUGCGCGCGAGAUAUAGAAG